AUGAAAAAAGAUUCUCAAAUCGCCGAACGAAAGCCAUGGAAUCCUCCGAAUCCGCCUCCUUGGUUGAAGGUUUGUGAUGAAGCAGCAGCAUUAGCAGCUGAACCUGAAGCUCCGAAUCCACCGCCAUAUGGGCUGAAGCCACCACCUUGGUUGAAGGAUUGUGAGCUAGCAGCAGCAUUCGAAGCAGAUCCUCCGAAUCCACCACCGAAUCCACCAGGUAGUUUAAAACGUUAG